CACACUCCACAAGGGAAGGUACUCACGCUCUCUCUUCCAUCACGAGACCGUAAAAUUAAUCGCAUUUAUACAAAUUAACGCAAUCAUACACUGGAAACCGUGGAAUACCAUAGACUAUGUGAUAUCAAGGUAGUGUAAUGAAAGCUGGAGUAAGACUUAUAUUAGAAAGAAUAUAAAAUUUGUAUUAGGCUGGAUAAAUUAGGCGAUAUAUGGUGAACUGGAGUACAUGUGAUGGUGAUGGCCAAGUUUACCAGACGUGUCCAGAGAUGCUGAGGCAGAAGUUACAAGAUACGCGAGGUCAACGAUGGUGCAGCGCAGGGCAUCAAAGUCAAUGCCAGCGAUGACCUCCCGGAUCAGAGAGGUCGAGGGUCACUCGAGGGCUCACAGAAGAGUCCCCAGUCCACGUAGGAGAUCACCUCGACGCGAGGACUUCCAGAGGACCUCAAGGGCCCCGGCCAGGUCCUCCAGGGAGGUGUCAGAAGUCCUUAGAAGUAGGAGUAGCGGGCCCGUCUGCUGUUCUAGGUGCAGGAGCAGGAGGUCUGCUUCACCUGUCAGGUGCCCCACUCAUAGACACGGGAGGGCUACUUCACCCGUCAGGUGCACCGUUCAUUCACCCACUCGCAGGCACAGAGCACUGGAGGAAAGGAACAGCAUCAGCAGCACAGAACCAAUACUGAACGAGCGACACAGAGAAGAUGAGGAGUACAGCAGAGCAAGGAGACACAGAGUGUUUGAGAGAGAGCCCAGGGCAGAGGAUGAGGGUUACCACAAGAAGACAAUAGGUAGUAGAGUGUGUAAGGCAGCUAAGUUGGUGUCCGGCUUCCUUAUAUCGAUGGGACUCGUACUUGUGGUAAGUACUGACCUCAUACUUUUUAACUCACCACAAGACAGAACUAUAUAAUUUUUCAAAU